GUUUUGAUAGGGUACCUAGGUACAUACAGGUACGUACCUCCUAGGGUAUUAUACAUUCCACCCCGCACCCCAUAAUUUGAGGCUGGUGUGGUGGGCUGGCAGCUUGGUUUAAGCUUCCGUCCAUUGGCAUUCCGAUUUUUUAUUUGUUCAGCCUUGUCUUGUUCGAUGUUAGACAGCUGGAAGCACCACAAGCACGCGACAACAAUUCAGCUAAACACGAGAGCCUGACAAUUCCUAUCAUCCGAACUAACUCCUAGUCAAAAUCACGAAGGCAACAUAUUUAAGGUAUAAAUUGAAACGGUAAACUUCUCGCAGACCCUCGCCCAACAUGAGGCUCACGGUCGAGCUCCUUCAGAACUCCCCCUCCUGGCUUAACGCGUUGAAAGAGCGUGAGCUCGAGCUACGAGGACAUCGUAUCCCCACCAUCGAGAAUCUGGGCGUUGCAGGUCCGCAAGAUUGCAUAGAUUUCGUCGACAAUGAUAUCCAGGUGUUGGGGAACUUCCCCCUAUCUCCGCGCAUACGUUCCCUUCUCCUACAGCGAAACCGCAUCUCAUCCAUACAACCCACCCUCGUGAACUCGAUCCCGAACCUCACGACCCUGCAACUAGAGUCAAACAACCUAAACGAACUGGCGGACCUAGACCCGCUUGGAUCUUUCCCAAGGUUGACACACUUAGUACUACGAGAUAACCCCGUCACGAAGAAGGAGCACUACCGUUACUGGGUCCUAUGGCGCUGCCCGACGGUCCGAUUCCUCGACUUCGAGAAGGUGAAGGACGCAGAGCGAAAACAAGCCGCGACCCUAUUCGGCACCGCGGAGGAGCCCACUGACUUGGCCUCCAAGAUCAUGGGCGUCAAGUCCAAGACGUUCGACUCGGCGCUUUCUGCUAACGGUGCUCCCUCCGGGGCCUUACCGACGCGCAUGUCGCGCAUCAAGCUUACGGAGAAGGAGAAGCAGCGCCUGCAGGACAUGAUCAAAAAAGCUACGAGCCUGGACGAGAUUACAAGGCUCGAGGCUAUGCUGCGAGAGGGCAGGAUUCCGGCUGGUGUGCAUUUGAACGACGAGAUGGAGGAGUGAGAUACUUCCCUACCUUAUUUGAGGGUGCAAAUUAGAGCGAGGAGGUGGUAAUUUGGCGUAUAGUUCAUGGUCACAAAAUGAAAAGUCGGGUAUACCCAUGGAAUAGGCAAUAAUGCAAUUCUUUCGCCAGCGGAC